AUGCAGCGCCCUGGGCCCUUCAGCACCCUCUACGGGCGGGUCCUGGCCCCGCUGCCAGGACGGGCCGGGGGCGCGGCCUCUGGAGGAGGCGGGAACAGGUGGGGUGCCCCGGGCUCCCUCGUGCACCCGCCGGUGUGCGCUCAUUCCGGUACCGGCGGCGCGGGCCAGACAAGCCCCAACGUCAAGGAAGCCAGCAGUGCCUUCCCAGCCCCCUCCACGAUGUCCAAGGCCGAGGAGGCCAAGAAGCUUGCGGGCCACGCGGCAGUGGAGAAUCACGUGAGGAAUAACCAAGUGCUGGGAAUUGGAAGUGGUUCUACAAUUGUCCAUGCUGUGCAGCGAAUAGCUGAACGAGUGAAGCAGGAGAACCUGAACCUCGUCUGUGUUCCCACGUCCUUCCAGGCUCGUCAGCUGAUCCUACAGUAUGGCUUAACACUCAGUGACCUGGACCGACACCCAGAGAUCGACCUUGCCAUUGAUGGUGCUGAUGAAGUAGAUGCUGAUCUCAAUCUCAUCAAGGGUGGUGGAGGCUGCCUGACCCAGGAGAAGAUUGUGGCGGGCUAUGCCAGUCACUUCAUCGUGAUUGCUGACUUUAGGAAAGAUUCAAAGAACCUUGGGGAUCAGUGGCACAAGGGAAUCCCCAUUGAGGUCAUCCCCAUGGCUUAUGUCCCAGUGAGCCGAGCUGUGACUCAGAAGUUCGGAGGUGUGGUUGAACUUCGAAUGGCCGUGAACAAGGCAGGUCCCGUGGUGACAGAUAAUGGGAAUUUUAUCCUGGACUGGAAGUUUGACCAGGUGCACAAAUGGAGUGAAGUGAACACAGCUAUCAAAAUGACCCCAGGUGUGGUGGACACAGGUCUAUUCAUCAACAUGGCUGAGAGGGUCUACUUCGGGAUGCAGGACGGCUCAGUGAACAUGCGGGAGAAGCCUUUCUGCUGA